AUGCUGGGCGACGACUAUGAUGAUACGCCCACUCCAACUGUCCUAGCUAGACGCCGAAAAGGUUCCAACUACAAUGAGAUAUCAACUGGUUCUUCUUCAUCUUCGACAACACCAGUGACAUCAAGACGAACGAGGCCAAAAUCUACAGCUCCUCGGGUGCGGAAGACUCGCCCUAAUACCAUCGGCACAGGGACUCUGAGGAUUCGAGGUAAUGACAGCCAAAUUCUGGGUGAUGUGGCCCUUGAACGUCCACCGGCUAUCUCGGAUUCGUUGGAUUCUCCUUCUCCAAGUACAACUACUUCGUAUAACAAGCCAGAUGUUGCCCCAGCAGACCUGGUGCAUAUAACUACAACCAUCACAUCUAACGGUAGCAGAGAGAGACUGCAGCGUCGGACCGCUCACGAAGAAUUAACCGACAGCACCGCAUCAUCCAGUGAGAUUCCUGGUUUGCCAAAGUGGCUGCAUCAGAGUUUUAGAUCCCUUGAAUCAUUCAGUCGGCAAAAGUCCACUUCUAGUCCAGACAAUCUACUUUACAACCCCAUGGACGACAUCCAGAUUGGAUCUUUUACUACGCCUGAAGCUUUCUCUUUCUCAGUUAGACCCAAGUGUAGCAGCACCCGUCUUAUCGUCUAUUCCUCAUCGCUUGGAUCGGUCUUGCUAGAUUGGGUGCACGCGCAGUUGUCUCGCGGUAUUUACUCUUUCAACGAGACUCAGGCGCUCGAGAAUGUUCUCGUUGAGCUGAAGAAUAAUCCACCAAAACUGAUAUUUUUGAAAACCAUGGAUGAUGUGUCUUUCUGGAACACUUUCAAGGGCAAGGUUGAAACAAUCAUGGGUGAAGUGCUUGACUGGAGGCCCUUCCAGCCAUAUACGACACCCCUGGCCCAAGAUCAAACUAGGUUAUGCUGGGAAUGUGUAUGUACGCUCCCUCCAACUGGAGUCAAUUGA